GGUACGAGCACCCCUGCCGAGCGCUAACGUCAGCUCGUGUAUCGCGAGUGCAGAGAGUACGCGUUUCCGUUUCCGGGUAAAAAGUGCGUGCCGAUUAUGCUCCCGUUUCCUGUUGAUGGGUUUCCAGCUGCCUUCCGCGGAACUGCCAAAAAUCGGCUGCGUCGUGCGUUUUUCGUUCUGUUCGGAUUCCUCUGUGCCUCCAGUUUCUCUGACGCUCGGAAUUAGGAGUAAGAUGCCUCUGAGGGACCUACGGAAGUACUGGAAGGGGAAGCAAGCAGUGAUCGUAGCGGACAGCGGAGGAAGCCCAAAAGACAUCGAAGCGCAAAAGGCCCCCGACGACCCUUUGAUCAUCGACGAGAAAACCUCUGCAGAGAACACACUCCUUAACGGCACGAAAUGCUCUCUUCCGAUUUUCCAGGUGUGGCCAAGUCAGGACUCGCCGCGAGGGGAAGCCGAUGGACAAAGUUUUGUUUUCCAUUCCGAGGAUGGCUACUCUUCGACAGGACAGAAUGACUCCGGCAUUGAUUCUGUACAGGCAAGUCCCUCGCCGGUGCCGGCGGCGCAGAUCUCCCCCGGGGAGCGGUCCUCGCCGACGCCCUCCUCCAAGUACCGUCGGAAGUCGAGCACGUUCCUGCACCCGGACCACGCGCGGCUCCUCCGCUCGACGGGGCUCGGGACGGCCGCCUCGACGCCGGACGCCUCCGCCGACGAAGACUCCGAGUUCCACGGGAACCAGUCCGGCUCGGCCUCCUCCUCGACGGCCUCCUCGCUCACCUCGGUCGCGGCCGCCGUCGCCGCCAUCGGCGCCCGCCACUCGGACCCGUGGGAGCGCGACCGCCGCCGCUCCUCCACCGUCACCGCCCGAUACUCCCUCCUGGACGCCCUCGACCUGGAGUACGCCCUCAUCCGGGCCGCAGCCCGCGGGAGCGUCGGGCCAUACUCCCUCUCCGAGUCCCUCCACAAGCUCACCUUCACCCAGAGCCUCGCUUUCCCGGCGCUCGCCAGGGGACUCGCCAGCAAGCGCCGCCCUUCCCAGGUGCGAACAACCCCUUUGGACCCAGCCGACUCGGGUCUCAACGCCUUCGCCAAGAUCGUGACAGCGCUGGUGCUGAUGUUCGUGAGCGUCAUGGUGUUUGCCGUGGUGUACAAGUUCGUGAGGACGUGAGGGUUGCUGCUGUCCCACGUGCAGGGGCAGCCAAACGAGUUCUACAACCAGUCGGACGCAUCACCGCUCCGGUAGCCCUCGUGGUGUUGCCCGACCAGUGGGACAGCCUAUCUACACCCGUGGGACAGCCUAUCUACACCCGCAUUCCGUUGUAAAAAAAUGUUUCUUGCAAGUGCGGACAAUCAUCGCGUGCUAAAUGCUAGUGUGUUUUCCUCCAGUUUUCAGGGUACUUGUCCGUGCGCUUACAUUGAAAAAAAAAAAAAAAAAAAAAA